AUGUUGCAUCAAGUUAAAUCAUGCCCUGGACAUCGUCUAUUGGGAUCACUUAACGAAAUGGUGACAUUUCGCAUCUUAUCUCUAAUGAACCCAAUAAAUUAUCAGAUUUCAGACCCACAAAUAAUAUCGAUCUCCAAAAGAACCAAACACACCAUGAUAGCUAAGAGAAUAAAUCUUACCUCUAGUGAAGCAAGGCUCCGCUCAUUGCUGCUAGAUGUGGCUAAAGUCGUCGAUGAGUCAAAUGAAUUUAAAGAUAAACUUAUCCUUCGAUUCGCCGGAGGAUGGGUGCGUGACAAGCUGCUCGGUAUUCCAAGUAACGAUAUCGAUGUUGCUGUCAAUGUAGUAACAGGCACUCGAUUCACUAGUGAAGUAUGGAACUACCUUCAAAAAAACGCCCAUCUUGAAAAACACCAUUUAAAUGCACAGGAUUUUGGUAGAUUUUACAUGACCGUAGCAAACCCUGAAAAGUCGAAACAUCUAGAAACCUCGACAAUGACCGUUAUGGGCUAUGAUGUCGACUUUGUCAAUUUACGAAAGGAGACCUACACGGGUGAGAGCCGUAAUCCACAAAUGGAGUUUGGAACACCUGAAGAAGAUGCACUACGCAGAGAUGCCACUAUCAAUUCCAUCUUUUACAAUAUUCAUACUGAAGAAAUUGAAGAUUACACAGGUGGCUUAAAUGACCUCGCUGCCAAACGGAUACGGACGCCCAUCGAUCCAAAAACAACUUUCCUAGAUGAUCCGUUGCGCGUUUUAAGACUCAUAAGGUUUGCAAAUAGGCUGAAUUUCGAGAUUGAAAGAGAGUGUGAAGUUUUUAUGCAUGAUGCAGAAGUUUUGGAUGCUUUCCAGCGCAAAAUAAGUAGGGAAAGGGUACUAUCAGAAAUUAUGAAAAUGCUAAAAGGUCAAAAUCCCUACGCUGCUCUUCGGAUUUUUGAUCGACUAGGAUUAUACUUCAAUAUUUUUGUUGACACAGCAUCUACUGAAAGUGCACCAACUCCGGAUAUUACAAAUUGGAAAAUUGCUUAUGGUUGUCUGCAAGAGAUGAUUUCAACUUCCUCCCUCAGUUGUAUACUAGAAGAGUCAGAUUAUGAUACAUGCUGGCUUCUAGCAGCGUACACACCCUGGUCAUCAGUUAAAGAGAGACCCCAGUACGUUGGAAAAGCGAAACUUGCCUGGGGGGGGUACAUGGCUCGUGAAGCAUUAAAACUUGAAAACAAGAAGAUAAGUCUCAUCUCUGGCUCUCUGAAACAUUGUCGUGACAUUAUAAAUCUUAAGGAUGCAAUCAUCAAAGGAAGUUCCGAGAUUUAUCGAAGGGAUUAUGUGGCCAACCUAAUUCGUGGUUGGGAUUUGCAGGGAAAAUGGCAGCUUCAGGUAAUUUUUUCAAUCUUGGUAGAAGCAAUGAAUAGCGAAUACUCUGAAGAUAUGUCUAGAGUAUAUCAGAGAAAUUUUCGCUCGUGGGAUAAAUUCAUAGACCACUUGGAGGAUUUAAAGCUAAUGAACGCUCCAUCUAUCAAAAAUCUUGUUGAUGGAGAGGCUCUGAUGGAGGCCUUAGACUUGAAAGCUGGAAAAUGGGUGGCGCAAACGCUGAAAUUUUGCAUGGAUUGGACUCUACGUUACCCAGAUGCAAACGAUCCGAGAGAGGUUAUUGAAGAGGUGCAGAAAAGAAGGUUAGAGUUAGGAAUACCAACAUGUGUAUCAAACAAAGCCAAUAAACUACAUCAAAUUAAUAAAUGA